AUGGCGCCAAGACCGCUUCCUUCGCUAGCUCUCUCAAGGGGACUUAGAUCCCUUCGAGGAGUCUCCCACAACGGAGGCCGAGUAUACACGCCAGCCUACCUACAGAUACGCGGAAUCUCCGAGUCAUGGAAGGAAAAGGUGGCAGCAGCUGAGGAGGAGUGGGCUCUGCGGGCGGACGACAUCCGCGCGGGACGGCGCCAACAUGUGUGGGAUCUCUUUAACGAGCGAGGUUUCAUCAAGGACGUCGCGGGGCGACCGGAGCUCAUCAAGGAGCUGAUCCUCAAGAAGCGCAUCGGCACCUACGUCGGCAUCGACCCUACCGCCGAGUCCCUCCACAUCGGCCACCUCCUCCCCCUAAUGCCCCUCUUCUGGCUCUACUUCAACGGCAUGCCCACAACGACACUCAUCGGCGGCGCGACGGCGAGGGUGGGUGACCCGAGCGGGCGGCUGCAGAGCCGUGAGAUUAUGUCCAAUGCCGACGUCGCCAAGAACAUCACCAAGAUCCAUUACCAGCUCAAGAGGAUCUGGGCCAAUGUUGAGUCGAUUGGCAGGAAAUACGGUCACAACGGCGAAUGGGCGGGGCGUCCUCACUUGAGGAAUAAUAACAUGUGGCUGAACGCUCUUCCUCUGUACGAGUUUUUAAAGAGGCUUGGAAACCAUAUCAGGAUAGGGCCCAUGUUGGGCCGAGAAACUGUCAAGAGGAAGAUGACGGAAGGAGACGGCAUGUCCUUUGCCGAAUUUACCUAUCCUUUGCUGCAAGGGUGGGAUUUCUGGCACAUGUACUCCAAGAACGGUGUUCAGAUGCAAGUUGGCGGCUCCGACCAGUAUGGAAACAUCGUCUCCGGUAUCGAGAUUGUGAAGACUGUUCGCGAUACAGAGCCCGCGGAGCACUUUAAGAUCAGCAACGACUGGACUAGCGACCCCAUCGGCUUCACCGUUCCCCUCCUCACCGACUCGUCCGGCGCCAAGUUUGGCAAGAGUGCUGGCAACGCCGUCUGGCUCGACCAUUCUUUGACGUCUCCCUUCGAUUUGUACGGAUACUUCGUCCGCCGCCCCGACGAGGACGUCGAGAAUCUCCUGAAACUCUUCACUUUCCUUCCCCUCGCCGAUAUUCAGAGGUUGAUGACGCUCCAUGCCGAGGACGUGCCGCGCCGGAUAGCUCAGCACGUCUUGGCUUUCGAAGUCACCUCCCUCGUGCACGGCCCCGAAGUUGCGCUACGAGAGCAGAUGCAGCACCAGCUCAUGUUCGGCAAGGCUCCUAUUGAACUACCCGAGGGCAUGGUCACGGCCGCCAAGGGCGUCAAGCCAGCGUCGUUCGCCCCCGCGGACGGCCUACGCACGACCAGCAACGAGGCUACCCAGGAAACUAUUAAGCUUCCCGAAUCCCUCAUCACCGGAAAGUCGAUCGCUCGCAUCCUAUACGCGUGCGGUCUGGCCAGCUCCGCUAGUGACGGUACCCGCCUCGUCCAAGGAGGCGGCGCCUACGUAGCCGCUUCUCCCGGCCCCGACAAGAAGAAGCUCAUCCCCGGUAGCCUUGACUGGACUCCCGUAAAGACUUGGUUCCCCUCGGAUACGGCCCGCUUCCUCAUCGACGACCGCCUACUGAUCCUCCGAAAGGGAAAAUACAACGUGCGCAUCAUCGAGGUGAUAAGCGACGAGGAGUGGAAGGAGUCGGGUAUGACGUACCCCGGCGAGCCGUACACCGGUAAGCUGAGGCAGGUUCUCAAGGCAAUGAAGGAGGAGAAGGCAUCUGGAAAGAAUGCCGUGGAGGAAGAGGUGGAUGCUCUCGAGGGGGAGACGGAUGCGACGCGGCCCCCGCUUCGGACGGUCCCCAAUAAUCCGGAUAUCCACUUCCCUUCGGGUCCGCGGAAAGGCGGCAAGUCCGGCUGA